AAUAAUCGACCCCGCAGCAGCCGCACCGGGCGGUAACGUGUUCGGGCGAGCCAGUUGACUGUUAACAUCCUCCAGUCGUUAAUAUACGGUGGUGGUCGGUAAAGCACCGUCAGCCGUUACCGCGCGCUGAGUGGAACCGUGACGCGCAGCAGUCGGCGGAGCGGCACGCGCUGCCGGAUAAAACAAAGCGGACCCUUAUAACAGUUUCCAGCUAACGUUCGGUCCUCGUCUCGGCAGCUGUUUUUUUUUCUUCCUUUUCUUUAAAAGAAAACCGUUUUUCGGCCCGAUGUUACUAUAAAUCAACGGACAUCCCGGUUUAGCAUCAACACACGAUGGAUCUGCGGUUACUUUUGAUCGCAUCGUUGUCAGCGGUCCUCGGCGGCAGCUGGGCACAGCAAGAGGGGAGCAUUUGCAUCAAGGCCAACGCGCAGUCGUGCGGGGAAUGCAUCCAGGUCGCAGAGACGUGCGGCUGGUGUGCGGAUGAAACGUUCCUCACUGUGGGCGAAUCAAAGUCGGCCCGCUGCGACGAUCUGGAGUCCCUGAAGAAGAGAGGUUGCUCCUUGACCAAAAUUGAGAACCCGCGAGGAGGCAUCCGAAUAGACCAGAACAAGACGGUCACCAACCGCAAGAAGGACGUGGCCGAGAAGCUGACGCCCGAGCAGAUCACCCAGAUCCAGCCCCAGAAGCUCUCCCUGACUCUGCGAUCUGGUGAACCCCAGACCUUUGAGCUAAAGUUCAAGCGCGCUGAGGACUACCCCAUCGACCUCUACUACCUCAUGGACCUCUCCUUCUCCAUGAAAGACGAUUUGGAAAACGUCAAGAACCUGGGCACGGACCUGAUGAGGGAGAUGCAGGGCAUUACCUCGGACUUCAGGAUCGGCUUCGGCUCCUUCGUGGAGAAGACUGUCAUGCCGUACAUCAGCACCACUCCAGCCAGGCUCAUCAACCCCUGCACGGGGAACCAGAACUGCACCAGCCCCUUCAGCUACAAGAACGUCCUGAAGCUGACGGACAAGGGCGACGAGUUCAAUCGCCUGGUCAGUCAGCAGCAGAUCUCAGGCAACCUGGACUCCCCAGAGGGAGGCUUCGACGCCAUCAUGCAGGUGGCGGUCUGCGAGAACCAAAUCGGCUGGAGGAACGUGACUCGCCUGCUGGUGUUUUCCACCGACGCUGGAUUCCACUUCGCCGGAGACGGCAAGCUAGGCGGCAUCGUCCUGCCCAAUGAUGGCAGGUGUCACCUGGAGAACAACAUGUACACCAUGAGCCACUACUACGACUACCCGUCCAUCGCCCAUCUGGUUCAGAAACUGAGUGAUCACAACAUCCAGACCAUCUUUGCCGUCACCGAGGAGUUCCAGCCUGUUUACAAGGAGUUGAAAAAUCUCAUUCCUAAAUCGGCCGUCGGCACGCUCUCCUCCAACUCGAGCAACGUCAUCAAACUCAUCAUUGAUGCCUACAACUCUUUGUCAUCUGAGGUGAUUCUGGAAAACAGCCGGCUGCCGGAGGGAGUCUCAAUCACCUACAAGUCCAUCUGUAAGAACGGCGUGGAGGGAACUGGGGAGAACGGCAGGAAGUGCUCCAACAUUUCCAUCGGAGACGAGGUGUUGUUCCACAUUUCCAUUGAAUCCCAGAAGUGUCCGUCGCACGGCAAGCCCGAGGUCAUUAAGAUCAAACCACUGGGCUUCACCGAGGAGGUGGAGGUCGUCCUCACGUUCAUCUGCGACUGUCCCUGCGCCAAAAACGGAGUGACCAACAGUGACCAGUGCUCCGAGGGCAACGGGACCUUUGAGUGCGGCGCCUGCAAGUGCAACGACGGCCGCAUCGGGCGCCUUUGCGAGUGCAGCAAGGACGAGGUGCGGACGGAAGACCUGGACGCCAACUGCCGAAAAGACAACGGCACGGACAUCUGCAGCAACAACGGCGACUGCGUGUGCGGCACGUGCGAAUGCAAGAAGCGGGAGAACCCCGCGGAGAUCUACUCCGGGAAGUACUGCGAGUGCGACAACUUCAACUGCGACCGCUCCAACAACAAGCUCUGCGGAGGACACGGGCGCUGCGACUGCAGGAAGUGCAUCUGCGAUGCCAACUACACCGGCAGCGCCUGCGACUGCUCCCUGGAGACCGCCACCUGCCUCGCCAAGAACGGACAGAUCUGCAACGGACGCGGUACCUGUGAGUGCGGCGCCUGCAAAUGCACCAACCCCAAAUUCCAGGGUCCGACCUGCGAGAUCUGCCCAACCUGCCCCGGCGUCUGCCCGGAGCACAAGGACUGCGUGCAGUGCCGGGCGUUCGAGGCCGGCGAGAAGAAGGACACAUGCGAGCGCGACUGCAGCUACUUCCAGCUGAUGAAGGUGAAGGACCGCGACAAGCUGCCGCAGCCCGCCGACCAGAGCUACCCCCUGAGCCACUGCAAGGAGCGGGACGCCAACGACUGCUGGUUCUACUACACCUACGCCAUCAGGAACGACACCAAGGAGGUGUACGUGGUGGAGACGCUGGAGUGCCCGGCGGGUCCCGACAUCAUCCCCAUCGUGGCCGGUGUGGUGGCCGGCAUCGUGCUGAUCGGCCUCGCCCUGCUGCUCAUCUGGAAGCUGCUCAUGAUCAUCCACGACCGCCGAGAGUUCGCCAAGUUUGAGAAGGAGAAGAUGAACGCCAAGUGGGACACGGGGGAGAAUCCGAUCUACAAAAGCGCCGUAACAACUGUCGUCAAUCCAAAGUACGAAGGCAAAUGAUGGAGCUGUGCCUUCCUUGUGACAACACUGUAUGGAAAAGAAUAUGGGCUGAGGAGGAGGAGGAGGAGGAGGAGGUGGAGGUUGGGGGGCGCGGUUUUUAAUGCUCUCACUGUUUUGUUUGUUUUUUUCAUUUCAUUUGUUGUAGUCACAAAACGAUAGCAAUGCAUUUUGCCACUAUUUCAGUUUGUUUUACUAACUUUUUAAAGAUUUAUCUAUGCAUCAUCUGAAUUUUGUACAGUCUGUAUAAAUGUGGGGUUUUUAAUAUGUUUUUUUUUUUUUGCCUCUACGGAACUUGAGAGAAUGUGUAGUUGUGGGAGAGAACUACUAUUCGUAGUUUUCCCGCCACGGAACCGGCAAAGUUAACGGAGAGCCGAGCUGUGCCUUUCUUUUAAAAUUGAGAACCAUCAAGCCAUCGGUGUUCUCUUUUUUUAAAGUUUAAUUGGAGGUUGCCAACCGGCAACAAAUGACGGGUUACUUUCCAAAUAAUUAUAAGUACAGUGUUGAGUCAGCGGCAAUCGAACUGUCAAAUGUUCUGAUUGUGUCCUCAUCAUUUUGACCAAGCAAGUGUCCCUCACUCCCUUUGUGUCCCUUUUUUGGAUUGAAAUGUUCAAUUGCAGCGUGUGGUAGCAAUGAAAGUAUGAUUUGGUUUCUGUGUAAAGCCAUAUAUGUAUUCACAGAACGAGAUUGAAGGCGUCCGAGCGGCGUAACUCCAUCUGAACAAUCAGUUGAAUCUUUUGUCUGAGUUUUUUUCUUUUUCUUUUUUGUUUUCCCCGGGCUGCCUUUGUCGAUUAAAGGACGUCGGUGUACGGUGGUAUUACUGUGUGGCUCCAGGUUUUACUUCAUUCAAGCCAACUCAGGUCCUUAAUUCUUCACAGCAAUGCCAAAUACACGCAAACCUGCCUUAUUUGCUAGCUUUUUGUUUGCUUUCAUUAAGAUGCCUUGUAUUGUUUGUAGGGUAUGACUUGUUCUGUGUCCGUAAUUUCACUCAACUCUUUAGUGGUGCCUCGAUCAAAGUGUUGUUGUUUUUUGUGGUUUUUUAAAGAUGGAUAAAUGACAUGUCAUUUAGUUGUAAAGUUGAGGGGGGUGGGAAUGAUUUUAAAAUAAAAGGUAAGUUUUAUGUGCCUUUUUCAAAAAAAAAUUCACAUUUGCAAUUCUGUAUUUCUGAAAUUAUUUAUUGAAUAAACAUUGAAAACAAUCCACCCCUA